AUGGCGCUGCUGCGGGCGGCCGCGCUGCCCGCCGAGGGCUGCCCGGCCUGGCUGCCCACGCACGUCCAGGUGACGGUGGUGCGGGCCCGCGGGCUGCGCUGCAAGGGCGGCGGCAAAGGCAAAGCGGGCGGCAGCGACGCGUACACCGUGAUCCAGCUGGGCCGCGAGAAGUACAGCACGUCGGUGGCCGAGAAGAGCGGCGGCAGCCCCGAGUGGAGGGAGGAAUGUGCCUUCGAGCUGCCCCCCGAGCCCGGGGCCUGCGCCGAGCUGGUGCUCACCGUGAUGCACCGGGCGCUCGUGGGCAUGGACCGGUUCCUGGGCCAGGCCCUGGUGCCCCUGGAGCCCGCCCGGCAGCGCGGCCGCGAGCCCGACGAGCGGUGGCACAAGCUGCACUCCAAGGCUGGGAAGAAGGAGAAGGAGCGUGGUGAGAUCCUGGUGAGCCUGCAGUUCAGCAGGCACAGCCUGACCGCCAGCAUGUUCGACCUGUCCGUGAAGGACAAGGCGCGCUCGCCCUUCGGCAAGCUCAAGGACAAGGUGACAGGCAAGAAGAAGUACGACCUGGAGUCGGCCUCUGCCAUCAUCCCCAGCAGCAUGGCAGCCCUGGACAUGGAGGAUGACUUGGAGCUGGGGGGCAAGAAGUCCAAGCUGAAGGGUUUCUUCCUGAAGAACAAGCUGCGCAGGUCGUCGCUGACGCAGUCCAGCACGUCGCUGGGCUCGGACAGCACCAUCUCCUCUGCCAGCCUGAGCCUGGCAGCCCCCGUGCCCGAGGUGCCCAGGUCCCCCAGCAGGCAGGGCAGCCUGUCCACCGAGCGCUCUGUGAAGGAGCUGCUGGCCUCGCCCAGGCUGAGCCACGAGCGAGCGUUCAGUGACGACGCGUCCCGGGCCGGCCCCGCCGAGGCCCCGCCGAGCCCGCAGGCCGGGAGGGAGCCCGCCUGCCGCUCGUCCCUGUGCAUCAACGGCAGCCACGUGUACGGCGAGGAGGCCGCGGCGCCGCGGAGCCCGGCCGCCUCUGCCCCCCUGCCCGUGCCCCGCAGGCAGGACGAGCCCCUGGGCUUCGCCCCCCUGCACGCCGAGCCCCCCUGGGCGCUGGGCAGCCUGGAGAGGGCCCCCCAGAGGGACGAGCCCCGGUUCAUCCCGUCCCCUCCCAGCCUGGCCCUGCAGGAAGAGCUCAAGGUGUCCACCAAGGCCGUGACCCUCAGCAACCACCUGGGCAGGGCCAGGAUGGAGGAGAGCGCCCGCCUGGAGGGCAAACCCGGCCAGGGUGCGGCUCCUCUGGGCUUCCCCGCCGAGCCGGCCAAGGACAGAGCGCCUGAGGACAGCAGGAAGGAGGACAAGAAAGCCAAGGGAGGCUUCUUCCACCACGGGGGCAAAGGCCAGGGGGACAGAGGGACCCCCGUGCACACCUCGGCCGCGGGGGAUGAGAGGAGUAAGAGCAGCGGCUGGUUUGGGUCCAAGGAGCCCAAAGAGUCCCCUCAGAAGCCCAGCCUGGAAGUGUCUCCUCAGGUAGAAACCAGCUCAGAUGCUCCUUCUCAUUGUGCUCCCCGCUCCCCUGCCCCGUGCCCCGCUGCCCUUGCCGCUAGCAUGCCGAGCUCUAACCUCCCUCCCGCCCCUGGAGACAGACAGGCCGGAUGCUUGGCCCCCACCAACCCAUUCCUCAACUCCCUGCAGAGCAAUCCCUUCUUUGAGGAGCUCCUCGCUGACCAGGUACUAAAUUCUCCUUCACCUACUCACUUUCUCUCUAGUUUCCCGCCUGGGCCGCGUGCUGCACCCGAGGUCGCUGGGAGCUUUUAUUCCUCUGAGGAUUGCAGUCCCUCUGGCUCCCCAAGGCACACAGAGCCCCAGAGGGAGUCUCCAGCCCAGAGCGUUGGUGUCCCCGUGCCAGAAACCAGUCCCCCAGCACCGGGAGAGCUCCCUCCGGCCGACACCGACACCGAGCCCGCCGUCCCCCCGCUGCCCUCGGAGUGGGACGAUACCUUCGAUGCCUUUGCCACCAGCAGGCUCAAACCUGAGCGGAACAAGGAGAACUUCUUUGCCUCGGUGGCAGCAGAGGGUAUGGCUUUCAUCGAUGACCCCAGAGCCAGCCCGCCAGAGAGCCCAGCGGGGCCGCCCUGCCAGAAGGGCUCCCAAGCGUUCGAAAAGGCGGCUGAAAUCCCUGCAGCUCUCCGCUCCUGGACAAAUUUCUCCGCUUUAGACGUGGGGGCCAACCUGGUGAGCACCACCCAGGAGGCCACGGUGAUCGAGGACGUGCUGAGCCCCGUGUCCGCGGGCUCCAUGGCCAGGAGGAGGAAAAGCAGCACGCCCAUGGUCUGGACAGCCGCCUUUGCCUCGGGCAACCCCGGGGACAAAGAGGCAUCGACAGCACUGAGCACUGAAAAUAGCGCAAGGGAGGAGGGGGACAGCGGUGAGGAGGAGUCCUGCAGCACGGGGACGAACGGCUGGAUGACCAUAGCCACGGAGAGCGCCGCCGAGCCCUCAGAGAGCGCCGGGGAGCGCACGGCUCCCCCGGGCCCCUUCGGCCCGCGCCCGCCCUUCCUGGGCGAGGGCACCUUUGAAGCCCAGAGCUCGUCCCGUGCCACCACCACCACCACCUGUGUGCUGCCCAGGAGCUCCUUCCCCCCCGAGCCGGCCCCCGAGGCCCCGCCCGGCAGCACCGUGCUGGCGGCCGUGCCGUUCGCGGGCGGGCGCGCGGGGAGGGCGCCCGUGGACAUCCGCAGCUCGGUGUUCCGGCUGCAGGCCAGCAUGCGGCUGCAGGCCAGCGAGGGCCUGCUGCACUUCAGCUCCGACAUCCGCGAGGCGCGUGGUGCUGGCGCCGUGGGCAGGGCCUCAGGGCCGGCCGGAGCUGCCGCCCGGCCCGGCGGGCCGCCCCCCAAACCCCCCCGGCGGUUCGCGGCCGCGGGCCCUGUGGGGGACGGCGAGGACGAGGAGCCUGGUGGCAUCCAGCGAGGCAAGCAGGAGCCAUGGGAAGAGUCAGAGGGCCCAGGAGCAGAGAUGGGAUUGCCGAGGAGCCGUGCGAGCAGCGAGCCCUCCGUGCCGGCGCCUCCCAGCCUGCCCGCACCGGGAGCGGCCGCCGCUGAAGCCGGGAGAGAGUUCGCAGCGUCUGAGGGUGCCAGAGCUGCUGCUGUGGACCCAGCAGGUGGCUUGGAGGCAGGAGCCAGCCAGCUGGGGACAGGGGACACCUCUGUGGGGGAGCACCAAUCAGAGAUGAACGAGGCAGAGGUGGCCGAGCGGUUUGAGACUUGCACAUCCAACUUCUCCCUGGAUGGACUGGACCGGUCGGGUGCUGAGGAGAGCUGGAGCCAGCCCCGUUUAUCCCCUCAGGGGGCCACAGACAGUGCCAAGUGGGAAACGGCCUCCAAGCAGGAGCUGUUCCCUGAGGAGCUCCGUAUUUCCGGAGUAAACGCACCUUCCAAGCUAGACCUGGGCCAGCCGAGCAGCUGGACAGCUCUGGGAGAGCAGGAGGCGGCUGGGCAUCCACACCCGCAGCCCCAAAGGUCAGAACACAGGCAGAGGCCAUGCCAGCUGGAGCUGGCAUGCCAGGAUGGCGAGGGGCGAGCAGGAGAGCAGCCCAAGCCCCGUGCCCCUCCCCAGCAGGCAGAGCAGGGCAGGACCCCCGCCAGCGAGGAGCCCGAGGGGCGCUGGGCAGAGAGCAGCAUAGACUUCAAGAAAGCCGAUUUCUGGAAGCCAGAUAGGGCAGAGAGGCACACACAGGGAGCUUCAGCCCUGAGAAACCCCUUCACCCUGGCGCUGAGCCCCAGUUCCCCGAGCAACCCCUUCGUGGAGAAGCCCCCAGCCCCUGUCCCUGUCCAAGCUGUGCUGCCCGAAAAGCUUGAGCAGGGCGACUUCAGCUUCCGCAGCCCGCAGGAGGAACCCCCCGGGCACGGCUUGCAGCCCACUAACGCUACCCCCCUGCAUGUCAGCCAGCCCCUGGCCUUCUCCACCCCUUUCCCCGCGGCUGCCACUAACCCCGAGCCGUGUGGCCGCCCCAGGCCCCCCGGGGUCCCCGCCCGCCGCGCCGCCGCCCGGCCCUGCCCGUGCCCGCAGCCCGGGGAAGCUUCGGCGCUCCUGGUUCUGCCCAGGGAGACACGGCCGGCUGAGAAGCCCCUUGGCCAGCAGACGACCAGCCCCCACCCCGUGAAGCCCCUGAGUGCAGUGCAGGAGGGCUCCAGCGAGAGGAAGCAGCAGCCCAGGGCCAGCCUGGGCUCGGCGCUGAGCAAUGGCCUGGAGAGGCUGAAGACAGUGACCACGAGCAGCGUCCAGCCCCUGGCCCCGGCCUCCCAACAGGACAAAACCGACCCCAAGGUAAAGGACCCUGGCCAGCUGGACCAGUCAGCCAAGUAUUACCACCUGACCCACGACGAGCUGAUCCAGCUGCUGCUGCAGAAGGAGGGCGAGCUGAGCAAGAAGGAGGAGCACAUCCACGAGCUGGAGAACUACAUUGACCAGCUGCUGGUGCGCAUCAUGGAGCAGUCCCCCACGCUGCUGCAGAUCCCUCUGGGGGGAGGCCAGGCCCCCUGAGCCUGCCCAGGGCAGCAGCACCCGGCAGAGCUGUGCCCCCUGAGCCUGCCCAGGGCAGCAGCACCCGGCAGAGCUGUGCCCCCUGAGCCUGCCCAGGGCAGCAGCACCGGCAGAGCUGUGCCCCAGUAACCACGACGCUGCCAACACCCCUGCACCCCCUCCUCUCGCCCGAGACCUCCCAUGGCUUCUGCUCCCAGAGUUAGCAGGAAGGGUUGGCUGCUCCUUCCCAGCCCAAGCUUAGCCCAGCUCGGCUCCAGGGAGCUGUAGGGUGGUGGGCUGCCAGCACCCUAUGGGGAGGAGCAGAGCCCUCCCCACCAGACAGGCGCCUCCCUGGGUUCCUGUCACUGUGACCAAGUGCCACCUCCUGGGCACUCCUCCUGCCAGAGCUUUAAGUGACCCCUGGACAUCUGAGAGCUGGAAACCAUCUCCUCGUGACUUCAUCCUGCUGCUGCUCCUGUGCCCACACUCCUCCUCUCUCCCCUGAGGGUGGUGUCCCCUGGCUGGUGCUGGGCUGGUGGGUGACACUGGGGACACUGAGACCCCCUGAGGCUCCCCCAGCACGUUCCUGAGCAGAGCCUGUGGGACGCCCCUUCCCCUCCUGCCCCAGUUACCCCAGUGAAGGGUGAAGAGCCAACCCCAGUUUGUGCCACUCCCUCACCACACUUGUGGGAGAUGCUCCACAAAGGGACAGUGCCGGGCCUGGGUGGUGUCAGAGCCUGGCUGGGCCACGCUGGCUCUGUCACAGCACCAGUGCCAGGCUGACACUGCCUGGGUCCUCAUGGCUGGCUGGAAAUAUGGCAAAGGGAGCAUGGGAUGGUGCCCCAGCAGUGCUGCAGGAGAUCCUCUGCAGACCCCCACCCAGCAGGGGCUGCUGUGCCCUGGAGGGACCAAUGAGUGCAGAAUCCACACUGAAUUUCCACUCAGUAUUCCCAGGAAUGGCUGCUCACAGCUGCCCUGCCCUGCCUCUGCCUUGUCUGUCCAGCACAGCCAGAAAACACCCCCAGAGCAAGGCCUGGGGGGUCUGACCCCUCUGCAGGGCCCCUGCGGGGUCAGGCACCCCAAACCCUCCUGGCACAGCCCAGAAUUCCCAAAUCCUGGCAGGGCAGUGCCAGGCUGGGAUGGGCUCUCCAGGGCAGUGCCCACCCUGCUGCCCUGAUCACAUCCACACCCUGGGAUGGGCUGUCCAGGGCAGUGCCCAGCCUCAGGGGCAGCUCUGUCCCCUGCUGACCCCUGAGUGACCACCCAAAGGUGGAGCAGCAUGAGACCACGACUGUUUUCUUUGUUCCAGUUGUAAACUUGUCUGUUGCAAUUUUCAUCAAAUUCAGUAUAUCAUCUCUUUUGGCGUGCCAAUUCCCCUUUUUGUUUCCAAUUUUGAAGUAAAGUUAUGUUUGAAGUAAAAUUAUGUAAAGUAAGCUGGCUAAGGCUGCAGGAACCCCCUUGAAGGCCUGAGGGGAUUCCAGCCCAUAUUCAGUGUCCACAGUUAAGGAACACUCCCUGGGGCAGCACUUUGGGAUGGAGUGAGGAUGAAGAAGAUGUAGGACUGGUGUAAUUGCACCAGUUUGGAGGGGUAUCAUUUUUGUUAAAUGGGGUUGCAUCUUUCCUAUGGGUAGACCUGAUAAAUUCAAGGUGGGUCAAGUGUUGGUUGGGAGGUUGAUAUUGAAAUUGAACACAAUAAUGAGCUUUGGAGGACCCUAACAGCUCUAAUUCCUGGAAUUUCUCUGGUGCUCAAGGCAGGGUCUUGGUUUACCCAUCCCAAGCAUCUACCAGAUUGUGUUUCUUAUCUGUUUGUGGGUAUUCAUUUGCUGCUAAAGGAAUCCUCCCAGGCAGAUUGACAGAGGGCUGUCCAUGCUGCCCAUGGACAGGCAGAGAUUGUCCUGCUGUGAAGUCUUGGCCAGUGUGACCCAGAUGUCCUGGCUGGGCUGAGGGACAAUCCAUGCACCAGCUGAUGGAAAGGUGAGGAGCAUCCAAAAUCCUGUCUGGAGCAGUUGGGGAUUCCUGCCGCUGGAGACAUGGCAGGAUACCUGGGGAUGAGUUGAUCUGUGAGUUUGAAAAAAUGGAUUUUAGACUUACAUGACUUUAACAGCUCCUCAGACCUUCCCAUCUGAUCCCCUCAGUUUUUACUGAGUAGAAAAGGGGAAGGAAAAGAGAAGGGGAUAACAGUGCAACAAACUAGAGAGGGGUAGCAGUAAAACCAUCCAAAGAGGGGUAACAAAGCAAAAUAAUGAGCAAAUGAAACUCAACAGAGAGUCUUUCAGAGCAGUGCAGAGUCAACUUCUGUGACAAACAUCUGUGUUUACAUUCCUUUUCCUUCUCCUCCACACCCACCUGAGCUUGAUCCCUUUGCAGUCUCUGAGGUUCAGGGGGAGUGUCUCUGGGUGCUGCAUUUGGCAGUUUGAUGUACAGCUUGACAUUCCUGCCUGGAAUCUGCCUUGGGCCAGAUCCUGUAGACAUGCAAGCACAGCCUCUGCCCUAAGUAAUUAAUUUAAAUGGGCCCAUUAUUUGUUUGGACUGGGGGUCUUUGAUCAGCACAGGGGGUUUCUCUGUGAGCUGGGAUCUGUGCAUGUUGGAGAGGUGCGUGACAGUGGAAGGGUUUGGCUCCAUGAAUGAAUUUUCAAGAAAAUUGAUGACAUAAAGAGCCUUACAUAAUCUUUCUACAUUCAGUAGUGUUUCAACUCCCCCAUGCUGCUGAUCAAGGACUCUCUUGAGUGUACAGUGAGCCCUCUCUACAAUAGAUUGCCCUGUUGGUGAGUGGGGUAUGCCAUUGGUGUGUUUCACCCCCACAUUGACCUGGGAACUGUUUGAAAUUUUUGGAGGUGUAAGCAGGACUGUUAUGUGUUUGGAGAAUGCCUAGGGUGGGAAACGCUAGGAGAAAAUGUUGGAUGACAUCUUUUGUCUUUUCUCCUGCAUGGGCUGAUGCAAACACUGCCCCAGAGAACGUAUCUAUGGAAUGAAGGCAUUAAGGGCCAAAAGCAGCUCAGAGUUCUUGUUAUACCAUUUUCCUCUAGCCCCCAUGGGGAGCCCUACAUAUUCAAUAUCUCCCACAUUAGUCAGGUGUUGUAUUUGUGAAUGAGUUUUUGUUUCCCAAAAGGUGCAUAAUGUGUGACAUCUGUUUGCCAAAGCUGUAAACUUUCGAGGCCUCAGGGGUUAACCCUGGCCCUCACAGAGGGCAAAGCAAACUCCUGGCAACUGGGCCAGGAGCCCACGAUUGCUCUUGCCCGUUCUUUUAUGAUUCUGACAAGGGCUGGCACAUUUUGGUGAAAAAACUGAUGGCUCAAUUUAGCCUGAUUGAAAAUGCGGUCUGCACUGCCAUGGCUAAAAUAUCUGCCCCCCAGUUGCCUUCUGUAGCUGGUCCUGGGAGGUCAGUGUGUGACCUCAGGUGCAUAAUGUGGUAUGGUUGCUCUCAGUGGGAGAGGAGGUGUAUGGAAUUUGAGAGCAAGCCUUACAAAUCUAGAUUUGGCACUUCCUUUAGCAAGGGAUGUUCUGCUGUCUCAGCUAUUCCAGCAACAUAGGCCAAAUCAGUGACUAAAUUUAAGGGUUGUUUGAAUUUCUCAAAGGCUCUGACAACGGCUGCUAAUUCUGCAAUUUGUGGGGAUCCUUGAACAAUCUGAGCAUCAGACUCCCACUCUUGAGUGUCAGGAUUCUUCCACGUCAUAACUGACUCGUGGGAUCCCCCUGAACCAUCAGUAAAUACAGUCUAUGCCUUUGGAGGAGUUCUACUUUUUAAUGAAUUUGGGACCAAAUUAAAGCAAGCAUUAAGCAGUUUAUGUUUUGGUAGGUGGAGGAGAUUUGGCCUGGGUAGCUGUCCAGAGCGAACUGGAGAUGUUCACUGGUUUGGUACAAAGGUUCUAAACUGUUUAAUGUCAUAAAGUCCUUUUUUUUUUUGUUUUUGGGGUUUUUUUGGUU